CUCUCGGUUUUUUUCCACGGCGUCUGUGCUCGGCCCCGCUCCGGAAGGGGACCUGGGGGCUGCCCGUCCGGGAUCGCUCACCGGCAGCCGGGGCGCAGCGCAGUCCCGAGCUGAUCCGGCGCGGACGGGCCUGAGGACAGGGUCACGGAGUCCGCAGUCCCCGGUGCCAGGGCUGGAGCGACAGGCCUGCAGCAGGGUCGCCGCGGAGUUGGGAAGGAGGGGCAGCGCAACCACGGCAUCAGCUGAUGUCCGACCCUGUAGCAACCUGUGCCCGCGCCUGCGCAGAGCGCGCUCGUAGGUGCGAGGCCCAGGAGUGCGCGUGACGCACCCGUCCUUGCUCCGCCCUCCUGACACCGGAAGCGCGGCCGCUGUGCUUGUGCGCGCUCCUGGUUUCGUUACCUUGGUCUCUCAAGACUUAAAAGCUGGCGGCGGGGGCUGCGCUGCCUCCUGGACCUCGAGGACCUGCUCAGUCAGCUGGGGCCCUCUGCGGACGGCUGCCUCCCUCGCCGCUAGGACUUGCCACUCUGCGUGGUAUGGCAGCCUCAACAGCAUCCCCGCCAGUGGCGGUGGCCGCGGCAGCCACGGCCGCCACGGACGCUAUUGUUCCCUGGUGUUAAAGGAGCUUUCCCUCCUUUUCAUCUGAAACGAACAAUAGCAGGGAAGAGCUUUGCUUUCGGUACUCCUUGGGAAGACGGUCGGAGGGCGAAGAAGAAUCCCCUGUCCACCUCGUUUGGGAUCUGGACCCUGGAGCGGCUGCAGACGGCAUGGGGCUGCAAGCGAGGCGCUCCGAGUCCUGGAGCCCGGGAGCUGAGGGCCCGCGCCGGGGCGUCCUGCAGCUGCUCCCACCGCCGCCGCCGCCGCCGCCGCUGCUGCUGCUGCUGCUGCUGCUGCUGCGCUCGGGCUCCUGCGGGGCUGCAGCCCAGGGCGAAGCGGAGGCACCCAUCCUGUAUCUGUGGAAGACUGGUCCGUGGGGCCGAUGCAUGGGCGAUGAAUGUGGUCCAGGAGGCAUUCAGACCCGGGCUGUGUGGUGUGCUCAUGUGGAAGGAUGGACAACAUUACAUACGAACUGUAAGCAGGCCGAGAGACCCAGUAACCAGCAAAAUUGUUUCAAAGUUUGUGAUUGGCACAAAGAGUUGUACGACUGGAGGCUGGGAGCGUGGAAUCAGUGUCAGCCCGUGAUUUCAAAGAGCCUGGAGAAACCCCUUGAGUGCGUCAAGGGGGAAGAAGGUAUUCAGGUGAGAGAGAUUACAUGCAUCCAGAAAGAGAAAGACAUCCCUGCAGAGGACAUCAUUUGUGAGUACUUUGAGCCCAAGCCUCUCCUGGAGCAGGCCUGCCUCAUCCCCUGCCAGCAAGACUGCAUCGUGUCUGAGUUUUCGGCCUGGUCAGAAUGCUCCAAGACUUGUGGCAGUGGGCUCCAGCACCGGACUCGGCAUGUGGUGGCGCCCCCCCAGUUUGGAGGCUCUGGCUGUCCAAACCUGACGGAGUUCCAGGUGUGCCAGUCCAGUCCAUGUGAAGUGGAAGAGAGCAUGUAUAGCUUGCACGUCGGGCCCUGGAGCACGUGCUCGGUGCCCCACUCAAGACAGGUGAGGCAAGCAAGGAGGCGUGGGAAGAAUAAAGAACGGGAGAAGGACCGAGGAAAAGGAGUGAGGGAUCCGGAGGCCCCGGAGCUUAUUAAGAAGAGGAGAAACAGAAACAGACAGAACCGACAAGAGAACAAAUACUGGGACAUCCAGAUUGGAUAUCAGACUAGAGAAGUUACCUGUGUGAACAAGACGGGGAAAGCUGCUAACCUGAGCUUUUGCCAGCAAGAGAAGCUGCCCAUGACCUUCCAGUCCUGUGUGAUCACCAAAGAGUGCCAGGUAUCGGAGUGGUCAGAAUGGAGCCCCUGCUCAAAAACGUGCCAUGACACGGCGUCCCCUAAAGGCACUCGUGAAAGGACACGGAUCGUCAGAAAGUUUCCUAUUGGCAGUGAGAAGGAGUGUCCAGAACUUGAGGAAAAAGAGCCCUGUGUGUCUCAAGGAGAUGCAGCUGCCCCCUGUGCCACAUAUGGCUGGAGAACCACAGAGUGGACCGAAUGUCGCGUGGACCCAUUGCUCAGUCAGCAGGACAAAAGGCGAGGCAACCAGACCGCCCUCUGUGGGGGAGGGGUCCAGACCCGAGAGGUGUACUGCGUUCAGACCAAUGAAAACCUCCUCUCACACUUAAACACCCACAAGGAUAAAGAAGCCUCAAAGCCAGUGGAUUUGAAAUCUUGCUUGGGCCCUGUCCCUAAUACUACACAGCUAUGCCACAUUCCCUGUCCUACUGAAUGUGAGGUUUCACCUUGGUCAGCUUGGGGACCUUGUACUUAUGAAAACUGUAAUGACCAGCAAGGCAAGAAAGGUUUCAAACUGAGGAAACGGCGCAUUACCAAUGAGCCCAUCGGGGGCUUUGGGGGUUCUGGGAACUGCCCUCACUUACUGGAAGCCAUUCCCUGCGAGGAGCCAUCCUGCUACGACUGGAAAGCCGUGAGGCUCGGAGACUGUGAACCAGAUAAUGGAAAAGAGUGUGGUCCAGGCACUCAAGUUCAAGAGGUUGUCUGCAUCAACAGUGACGGAGAAGAAGUUGACAGACAGCUGUGCAGAGAUGCCAUCUUCCCCAUCCCCGUGGCCUGUUAUGCCCCGUGCCCAAGGGACUGUGUGCUCAGCAUGUGGUCUGCGUGGUCCUCCUGCUCACACACCUGCUCGGGAAAAACCACAGAAGGGAAACAGAUACGAGCACGGUCCAUUCUUGCCUAUGCGGGUGAGGAAGGCGGCGCUCACUGUCCAAACACCAGUGCUUUGCAAGAGGCACGCAGCUGUAACGAGCAUGCCUGUACUGUGUACCACUGGCAAACCGGUCCCUGGGGCCCAUGCAUUGAGGACACCUCAGUAUCGUCCUUCAACACCACUACCACUUGGAACGGGGAGACCUCUUGCUCUGUUGGCAUGCAGACAAGAAAAGUCAUCUGUGUGCGGGUCAACGUGGGCCAAGUAGGACCGAAAAAGUGUCCUGAAAGCCUUCGGCCUGAAACAGUGAGGCCCUGUCUGCUUCCUUGUAGGAAGGACUGUAUCGUGACCCCAUAUAGUGACUGGACGACAUGCCCUUCCUCGUGUAAAGAAGGGGAUUCCGGAGCCAGGAAGCAGUCUCGGCACCGGGUCAUCAUUCAGCGGCCAGCCAAUGGAGGCAGGGACUGCAUGGAUCCUCUCUAUGAAGAGAAGGCCUGUGAGGCCCCCCAGAUGUGCCAAAGCUACAGGUGGAAGACUCACAAAUGGCGCAGGUGCCAACUAGUCCCAUGGAGCGUGCGACAGGACAGCCCCGAAGCACAGGAGGGCUGUGGGCCUGGACGGCAGGCAAGAGCCAUUACUUGUCGAAAGCAAGACGGAGGACCGGCUGGCAUCCAUGAAUGCCUCCAGAAUGCAGGCCCUGUGCCAGCCCUUACCCAAGCUUGCCAGAUCCCCUGCCAAGAUGACUGUCAGUUUACCAGCUGGUCCAAGUUUUCUUCAUGCAAUGGAGACUGUGGUGCAGUUCGGACCAGAAAGCGCACUAUUGUUGGAAAAAGUAAAAAGAAGGAAAAAUGUAAAAAUUCUCAUUUAUACUCCCUGGUUGAGACUCAGUAUUGUCCUUGUGACAAGUAUAAUGCACAGCCCGUGGGGAACUGGUCAGACUGCAUUUUACCAGAAGGGAAAGCAGAGGUGUUGCUGGGAAUGAAAGUACAAGGAGACAUCAAGGAAUGUGGUCAAGGAUACCGUUACCAAGCGAUGGCAUGCUACAAUCAAAAUGGCAGGCUCGUGGAAACAUCCAGAUGUAACAGCCAUG